UGCGGCGAGUUCUCGAAGCAACUCUAUCUCUGUCUGGACCGCGCAGCCUAUCGUAUGACGAAUUCUGCACACUCUUGGCCGAAGCAACUGCUAUUGUGAAUUCGACACCAUUGACCGACAUCUCUUAUGAUCCAAAUGACCCAUUCCCUCUGUCUCCCUCGUCUCUAUUGAACUUGAGAGAAGAUCCUUCGUUUCAAAGUUUAGACGUUUUCUCGAAAGAAGACCUCCAAGCUUAUGGUAAACGGCGAUGGCGUCGUGUUCAGUAUCUCUCCGAGCAAUUUUGGAUUAGAUGGAGAGCGGAUACUUGCAAGACUUGCAAACUCGACGAAAAUGGCAACGUCCUAAACGGUCCCUGGAAGUGGGUGAUAUUGUGAUUUUGAAGUCCAAAUCGGAAAAGAGAAUGUCUUGGCCGUUAGGCAGAAUCGAGCAAGUGCGGGUUAGUCUCCACGGUCAUGUCCGGUCCGCCAUCGUUAAAACAAUAGAUGCCACCACCAAGAUGUCUUCCAAGCCCAGAUUUUUUGAAAGGCCGAUUACUGAAAUCGUGCUUCUAGUUCCUUCAAAUGACGAGUAGAUGACCCCGUCAUGGCGGGGAGUGUGUCGUUGAUCAAGCUCAAUAUCUAAGUGAGAUGUUCCCGCCCUUUUUUGAACAUUUUUCUGUGGAAGAGUCAUCUUGUGGCGUAAAGUUGAACUUGUAUCGCGCCAAUAUUGUCAAAAUACGUAAACAAACAGACACGUGGUUCCACUGCAAAUUUAUAUUUAUUGGGACAUUCAGGCAGAUUUUGCAGCUGAUUCGGUUAAGUAAACAAAUGUUUGUUUGCUGGUACCCGGUUAGUGUAUCGUGGGUAUAAAUUGAACAUUUUGAUAAACCCUAAAGAAUAUGCCUAAGGAAUCAGCAAGUCACAAGAAGAGAAAAAAUGGGACGUAUUGUUGCGUUGUCGAUUGCCGAAAGAGUCAGCGAGUGGAUGGUUCACGUGGGAUCAAAUAUCACUCAUUUCCCACUGAUGAAAAGCGUUACUAUCAGUGGGUUAGAGCCGUCAGACGUGAAAACGCCCAUGGUUCGCUAUGGUCACCAAGUUAUGUGUCCCGGAUCUGCUCAUCUCACUUCGUUGGAGGUGUGAAAAGCGAUGAUCCUGAGAGUCCAGCUUACUAUGCGACGAUAUUUCCAACCAAUCAUGUCAAACCCAAGACCAUGUCAGAUCUUAAAAGGUUUGAGAGAAGACGGUCAAGGGAAAAUGCGAAGUUGAUAGACGAAAGUGCUCAGACUAGUGAAAAGGCUCCCCAGAUCGCCGAUGAGGAUCGAUCUCUUUCCCUUGAUACGAAUAGAACCCAAUACAACCAUGUCUUCCCUGACACUGUGGUGGGUCUAUCUAGUUGUGUGGAUGUGUCCACUCAAACGGAAGAAUCGAACGCUCCUUGUGAAUUUCGUUGGAGUUGUGAUGCAGAAAUUACUGGCAACGUUAUGUCAUUCUUUACUAUGGCAUCUAUUCCACCUGAAAUUUGCCCCCACAAUCCCAACAUCGACCGUGGUAAUCCAGAUCCAAACGAAUCCAAGCCGGCACUCUUUCCGAUUCUCAGCCUGAGCGAGAAACAAUUUCAAUCUUUUUGCGGAAUUUCGAUCUCAGCUUUCCAAUAUCUUUUGUACAAAGGAGGAGACGACUUAAAAGACACCAGAGUGCUCUCAAGGGAACAGAAGCUUGCCCUUUUCUUCGUCAAACUGAAACUGAACUGUUCAUUUCUUGUACUUGGGGGUAUGUUUAAUGUGUCACAACAAUUUGCGAGCUCAACCUUUCGUCAAGUAUUAGAGGUCAUGUCAAUCAUCAUGAACACGUUUUUGGGUUACUUCCUCAAAUUGCCUUUUUGCUUUCGCUUCGUUUUCACGGCCGUAUUGGAAGUUUGCAUUAUCAGAUGGUGUUUGAAAGAAGUACUUUUGGACCGUUUACGGCUUGCGAGCGCAAGCAAUUUGUUUGGAACGAGAAGCUGAAAUUCUGAAUUUUCUUGACUGGUGCCAAAGUUUUUUGGUGAAUUGGCCUAUAGUCAACUUGCACAAUGCGAUGGCGGAAACUGGAUCACAUUCCACAUUCUUCUGAUAAAGUGACUGAUGACUUGAGGACAAGAAGUUCAAGUUGAUGUCAGCUAAAUUAGGGAUUGUCAUCGGGUGGAAAAAUUGAUAUUUUUUAGUCCCAACACAACGUCUUUCAAUAUCAAUAUUUCGGUGAAUAAUAAUUCAACAAGUUGGGUGGAGGAUAUCUAAAAAGGUGAUCAUAUUUCUUGGGCAUUACAUUGACGAUAAAUUAAAGUAGGAAAAUAUAUUUCAGAACUUAAUUAACUGUACGAAAGAGUCUUUUUACAUUUCUAUUUGCCAAACAAGCAUAACCCACCCAAAUACUAGAGCUUCUAUUCACUUCAAUAAUUAACUCAUGCCUAGAGUACGGAACUGUUUUUUUUUGCUGUUGGUGUGUCAUGGAACCGCUACAUGGAAUAUAAUCCCCAGUACUAUAAGAUUGAAAGGUUAUCAUUCGUCUCUUUUUUAAAUUUUAACAUUUAUAUUAUAUUUGGUCUACCAAUGAGUUUGAGUUCGCAGACCGGGCAAGUCUUUAAAAGUAGGGAUGAUCUAGAACUUUACUUGUAAAUUUUUGUUCAAGUCUGACUUGAAAGAAGCCACCGGAUCAACACUUUUUCGGCAAAUCAUCAUCAAACAACCUCUUAAGACCACAGAAAAGGGAGCAAUUCAUUAGGUUGUAAUAGCAAAGAGGGUAGAACAUAUUAGUAAAUUGUUGAAGCGUUUCAUGUACUAGGGCACAAAAGCCAUGUUUAAAAAUCAUUGACAUCACCUAGAAUUUCUUGCAAACUCUAGCAUGGAAUUUUUUUUGCGGACUUCUUUACCGCUGCUGAGAUUGGAAUCCCAGCACUUC